AUGAAGUCCUGGAACAAUCAUCCCGUCAAUCAACGGUGGCUCCGAAUCACGCUGAGUUCUUUUCUUCUUGUUUCAAUAUUUAUGUUCCUCAGUACGCAGAGUGAGAUUAUACAUCGGCAAUUCGAAAAGAUACCUUCACAAGAUGUUCUUGGAAACAAGGGCUCCAAGGCUGUCGAAGAAAAGUUGUCUUUCCUAGACACACCACUCAUCUUGGAUGAUUUGUCUGCUGAAGAGGAGCCGCCUGAUGGAAAACUAUGGGAAGGACAACCAGUGGAUGCAAUACCUACACCCGAAACACAGCCGGAAGAGAUAACUGCACAAGAUAAACCGGCCGAGCCCACACCACCCAUACCAACGCCACCGCCGUAUAAGUUAGCGACAGAGCAAGUAAACCAGGAUACGAAAAAAUAUGCAUACAUGAUCUUCAUGACGCAAGACAUGGAUGUAAGCGACGAUUUAGAAAAGGACAAUUAUUUCGUCGCGGCGCGCAUCCUCCUGUGGCAGCUAUUGCACAAUCCGAGCACGCGAACAAAGCACGAUGUGAUUGUCAUGGUUACACCCAAUGUGUCGCAGGCGAGACGGGACCGGCUCAAAAGAGAUGGCGCAAUUGUGCACGCGGUCGACUUUCUCCACACACCAAAUGACGCAUGGCUGAAGACGAGCGUCCAGCGCUGGAACAACAUCUUGACUAAAAUGCGCGCGUGGGAAAUGGUGCAAUAUGACAGGAUCCUCAUGCUGGACGCCGACUCGAUGCUGUUGAAGACACUAGAUCCCGUGUUUGACGAUCCAGCUGUUCAUUUGCUUGCUACUACAAACCCCUCAGAUACUACGACAAACACGACGUUGCCCUCAACCUACCUUAUCGCAUCUAAUUCCGAAGUGUGGAAUUCGACCCAUUCGUUUCCUCCAACCCAUAGCACGGGGUUGAAGAAGCCUGGAUAUAUGAAUGCGGGCUUCUUCAUACUGGCACCUUCACUCGCUGCCUUUGAGUACUACAAGUCGCUUAUGAAUACACCCAAUUCAUUUGACCCAAAAUAUCAGGAACAAAAUCUCAUCAAUUACGCGCAUCGAUGGGACGGCCCCAUGCCCUGGCGCGAACUGGCCUACACGUGGAACAUCCGCUGGCCAAACGACCAGGAUAUUGAAAAAGGUUUAUACAGUGUGCAUGAAAAGUGGUGGGAUCAUCCAUUCCUUUUUGGGAAUGAGAAGACAAAGCAGUGGAUGUUAUCAAGAAGAUGGGAGAUGAAAGGAUGGUAUGACGCGUGGGACAAAGUGCACGAGGAAAGGGAAUAG